UAUACAGCGCAACCACCCCCUCCUUCCCUUCACCUACACAACUUUAAUAAUAUUACAGAUCAUCACUGAAAUUAGACGCGUUUUCAUGCCAGCCUGGCAAAAACCACAUUCUGGCCCCACCUCUAAAAAAACCAGCAAUUUACGGUAACACCAAAUGAAACAAUCCUCACAAGCAUCGCUCAAUCAACACUCCGUCCUUUCCUUCCCUUUGUGCUCUUUAUCUUCUUCUUCAAGACUCACCGACACACAGAACAUCGGACUCUGCGCUACGACUAUGUUGGAAGCGCAAUACAAGCUCUUGUUUUUCUUCUUCAUCAUUUCGGGUCAUGGUUUGGCCAAUAGGGACCUCCCAUUGUACAGAGAAGCACCAGCAUUUCGAAACGGCAGGGAGUGCCAAAAAACGGCGUGGUCCUCUGUCGCACAGUCGCACAAUCCCGCAAUCAUCCACAUCGCCAUGACUCUCGACGCCACCUACCUCCGUGGCUCGGUCGCCGGGGUCUUGUCCGUGCUGCAACACGCCGAAUGCCCGGAGAACAUCGUCUUCCACUUCAUCGCCACUAACCGCCGAGCGUUGGAGCUCCGGGGCAUCAUCAGCAACACUUUCCCUUACCUCAACUUCCACGUCUACCACUUCGACACGAACUUGGUCAAAGGAAAGAUUUCAUCGUCGAUUCGUCGAGCCUUAGAUCAACCGCUGAAUUACGCUAGAAUUUACCUCGCUGAUCUUUUGCCAGUUAGCGUGCGCCGCAUAAUUUACUUCGAUUCCGAUCUCAUCGUGGUGGAUGACGUGUCGAAAUUGUGGAAUAUCAAUCUAGGGAGGCAUGUGCUGGGUGCACCCGAGUACUGUCACGCUAAUUUUACCAACUACUUUACCUCGAGAUUCUGGUCAAACACGGCAUUUGCGGGGUCGUUUAGAGGGAGGAAGCCUUGCUAUUUCAACACCGGAGUGAUGGUGAUUGAUCUGUGGAAAUGGAGAGAAGGUAAGUAUACUGAAAGACUAGAGAACUGGAUGAGGAUACAAAAACGGUACCGGAUCUACGAAUUAGGGUCUCUGCCUCCGUUUUUGCUUGUAUUCGCUGGCAAUGUUGAAGGUGUUGAGCACAGGUGGAACCAGCACGGCCUUGGCGGUGACAAUCUCGAAGGUCGGUGUAGGAAUCUGCAUCCAGGUCCGGUGAGCUUGCUUCACUGGAGCGGAAAGGGAAAGCCGUGGCUAAGGAUCGACUCCAAAAGAUCGUGUCCGUUGGAUUCCCUGUGGACCCCGUAUGAUCUGUUUAAACAUCCAUCUUUAUUCUCUGACACCUAACGACGGUUCUCUGUGAUUAAUGGGGCUGGUUUAUCGUAAAUCGAUAGUGGAAUGUGUAAAGACGAAUGAGGACAAGUAGUGUAAAGAAAGAAUGCGGAGAGUGGACGUUAAAGGCCGGGGAUUAAUGCGGGAUUUAGUCUGGUCCGGGAAGAAGUCUUGGUGUGGGAGUUACAGGAGCCGCUAAAGUUCGUGAUUAACGGCUGCGAUUUGAGGAUGGGAAAUGGAAAGUAAGAUGACUCUUUGGGAUGUUGACUGGUUGCGUGGUGAAUAUGUAUAUGUGAUUUUCUUGCCGACUGCUUGUUGGUUUCCUUUUUGAUAAAUAAAUGUAAAUGUGCGGUUUUUAACUUUUUAUUGAUUUUAAGUUGGAACAUAUGGAGAUCUUUUUGAAAGAAUGUUUUAGUUGAUUUAGAUGCAUGAACAAUAACAUGAAGGAGAUGCCUCUA